GACAAGGAAGAAUGAAGUUUCAGGAGCUGUGAGUGGUCUGAAAUUGACAUCAAUAGACGGCACAAUUCAUUCUGUCCAGAACCUGACAGAGGACAUUGAGAUAAUACUUCCUAGAUCUAAUGUGAUGCAUGAAAAUCGGACAGAAUUUAAGUUGGGAAACAAUCUCACCACCAUUCAAGUGAAUGUAACCUCAGAAAGUGGAACUCUACUGAUUCACCUGGAACCUGAGCAAAGCAUUCCCCUGCUUCUAUACUUCAACUAUGCAGACGAACCAAAUGAGACCAACUUUCUAGUUUCCACACAGCUACCUAAUACUCAAUAUACUGGAGAUGCAAAAUAUACCUGGCUUAUUUCUGCUGCUGAGUUGAUACAUGGAGUUGGAAUAUAUUAUUUAUCUGUGAAACCUGUUCCAGAUCUAAACUCUUCACAACUGACUAAUAUUACUGUGGCUUUCACUUCUUUUAUGUCCCAGUGUGUAUACUGGGAUGAAGUUUACAACAACUGGAGUUCAUCUGGAUGUCGU